CAAUGCACUCGCGCACAGUUGCAUGGGGGUCUGGUGCUUCAACGUGACUGAUUUGCCAGGAAUCCAAAGGCUUUUUGCCAAGGCCUUUUUCACACAGCCGCCAAAUUCAACCUAUGAAGAGGUGGGUUUGUCAAGCUUAUCGAUCAAAGUUUUCGUUCACCAGGCCUUGGACUUUCUGAAUCGUUCGCGGCAGCUUGCGGAUGACAUGCCUGUAAGCAAUUAUCUAGUUACUGCGAAAUGUUAUCAACGUCUACAUAAUAAUGAAAUGGCAGCGCAGUUCUGCAACAAAGUGCUCGAAUUUUCUGACGAAGGCUUCGAAGUUGCUGAGGCAAAAGAAGAAGCCAGAAAAAUAUUGAAAAAACUGUGACCUCUCCAGUUAUAGCAAAUGGCUUCCGCUUGCUGGACAUUCACACACUGUUGGAGCAUAAAAGCUCAUUCUUGAUUUGACUUGCUAUGUUUUCUCGUGCUUUCUGUGAUAUACAUGAUCACACAUUGCCAUCCAAUCAUUGCGCUUAAUUCGCUCUCUCGUCUGGCGUCAGAAUGCGUGACCAUGAUUAGAUGUUCGGUGUUAUGUCUGAAAGCGCUUACAUCUUAUUUAUUACGUUCAGCCAAGACAAGGUAACUUUGCCUAACUUAAUUCACUGUAAGCAAUUCAUCGUGGUCCUCCGACAUGCCC